UCAUACGUAAAAGUUUUCCCGAUAAACUUAAGGAGCGUUUUCCCACAUCCUCAAACAAACAGAACGUCUAAAAAAAUCACCCAUUCAAGUAUCUGUGAAGUAAGCGGAUCGUUGGGACUUAAAUACUUGUCGUUACCAUGGAGGAGGUGACACGCCUGGUGUCCUCGGGUGACUGCCUGAAGAUCUGGGACUCAUCUUCUAUGACUGUGGUGGAACAGUUCAACCCUCACAGCGCUACACACCCUGUUGCCCAGGUCUGCUGGAGCAGCAACAAUCAGUACAUUGUCAGUGCCAGUAGCGCAGGGGACAAACUGGUCGUGUCAAGCCUCAAAUCUUCUCCAAUACCAGUGGUGGAGCUUGGUGAAGGGAAAAAGCAGACACGUGUUAGUCUGAACUCAACAUCUCAGUUUCUGGUGAGUGGUGGACUGGACAGCACAGUGAAUAUCUGGGACCUAAAGACAAAGAGGCUUCACCGUUCUCUGAAGGACCACAAAGAUGAAGUGACAUGCGUAUCGUUCAAUGGCGGUGAUAGCUACAUAGCGUCUGGCUCAAGCAGCGGAGACAUCAUCCUUCACAGCAUCACUACCAAUAUGUCCAGCAAGCCCUUCGGCCACGGGCCCAACCAGCCCAUCCGUGACCUGCGGUACUCCCUGGUGAAGAGGUCUCUGCUGGGCACGGUGUCAGACAGUGGCUCUGUGGUACUGUGGGAUGCCAACACUCAAAAAGACCUGCAUGUGUUUGACAGCUCUCACAAAGCCCCUGCCUCAGGCCUGGCCUUCUCACCAGCCAAUGACCUUCUCUUCGUCACCGUGGGACUGGACAAGAAGAUAAUCUGCUACGACACCUCCAGCAAAGUUGUCCUGCGCAGCAUGCGUGUAGAGUCUCCUCUUACGGCUAUAGAUUUUACACCUGAUGGGGCAGGAUUGGUGGUGGGGUCCACGCAGGGCAAGGUGUAUGUUUAUGACCUGCGGAAUCUGAACGCCCCUGUGAAGACGACCACAGCACACAAGACGUCAGUCACCUGCAUUCGCUUCCAGAGCUCCAGCUCCAGGCUGAAGUCCAGUAAAAUGAUGACUAGUAAAUCUUUGGCAUCUCAGCCAGCCAAGAGGGUCUCAGCAAAACUCAGCAGUCAAUCAGGUGCAGCCCUCACUCCAACGGCCACAGUCCCCUCACAAACCCCCGUCUCUGACCCCCCCACAGCAGACAGAGGCGACGGUCAGGCCCAAAGCAAAGGGACCGAUGCAGAGACAUUCUCCAGAGAGGGUGAGGGCCAGUACAGCACAGACCGCCUGCCCAGUCUGGACAAGUUCAGCAGCGUUGGCCGAAACAGCCUGGACAUCUUCUCACCUGUCCGAGAGGAUUAUAAGAUCCAUGGCUUUAGUGGUGAUGCCCCAAGCGAGAGAAAUGGCAGUGGUGUGGAUGUUUUUGGCAGAGAUGGAGAGGUACAGCACAGUGCUGAGAAGUUCCGAGUGGGUCGUAACAGCCUAGACAUCUUCUCUCCUCUCAGAGAUGUACAUGCUCUGUGUGGAGAUCCAUCAAGUGGAAAGAAAGACCUAGACUUCCUGCCUCAGCAUCCUGGUGGCUCCGCCCAACGCAAAACCCCACUGGGCACAUCAGGCAGCUGCUGCUACAGCCCCUUGUCUGUGUUCCAGACCCCGCCUCCAAUCAGAGAGGAGGAGCCACUUAGCCCCGCCCAGUCAAAGACACAAGACAGUAAAAGGCUGGAUAAAACUAGUUCAACCAGACAGGACUCAGAAGCCCUGAUCACACCUCCUGGCUCCAAGAGCACACACAUCCAAUCAGUGCCUCCGUUCUGUACCCCUGAAGCCAAUCAGAGGAGGGGUAAUGAGGUCCCCGCCCAGCUGACUUACGAGUCUCCGGUCAGUGGAGCACCACCGCACUCGGCUGCUCCAGGCACUGCGGUCUCGGCAACUGUGGCCUCCACCUUGUCUGACAGAAUCGUGGAAAGUAUUGGAGCAGAGGGCGGAGCUCCUCUCUCCUCCAUUCAGAUCAACUUCAUCCGCAACAUGAUCCAUGAGACUCUGGAGGACUUCAGGGAAUCGUGCCACAGGGACAUCGUUAACCUGCAGGUGGAGAUGAUUCGGCAGUUCUACAUCCAGCUGAAUGAAAUCCAUGGCCUUAUUGAAAGGUACUCUGUGAAUGACUUGCUCGUGGAGGAGAUUGAGAAGCUGAGGGAAGAAAACAAGCGCCUGCGAGCCAACUACUGACUGGUACCUCUGGGUGUAGUUUUCAGCUUUAUUCUGGUGUCAGAGACAAGGUGUCUUCCAUAGGCCUGAGCCUUGGGGGAGAGGAAACACAUCUCGCAGACUCAGACCUGAGUGAGUGGGAUUGGGCCUCACAUGACAUACCAGGCAUCUCACAUCUGCCCUUUACCACUCAGGAUCAGAGAACCCCCAUGGACCCUGCCUUUAGCACAACCUGGACUGUUGGGUUUUUUGUCUUUUUGUUUUUUUAAAAAAAAAGAUGUAAUGGAUUUUUUUUUUAACUCUUUGUACCUUAGCAUAACCAAACACAGAAAGUAGGUUGAAAACAGCCUGUGGAGCCUUGUCUAUUUACAAUCUUAUGUAAAUUUACAAGGCAUCAGCCUGAGACGCCAGGGAAACUCUUGUACCAUCGAAAUGAAAGACGUGAGACUGGAAUGCAAUAUCUCCAUGGAGACACUGGCCUGACCUGGAAUUCUGAUAGGACGGAGAGAGCGGCAGCUUCUGUAUGAUCAGGGCAGUGAGUCUGGGUGUUUGACAUGAGCAGAUGUUUUCAUGAAGAUGUCUGUUUCCUACCAUUGGUGGUUUUGAAAAAUGUAAUCACAGUUUGUAAAAUGUAGAAAAGCAGAAUUUUUGCCUUAAU